AUGGAGUCCACCACACGCGACCAUACGUCUGAUUAUGACAUUGCACCCGGAACGGUGUACAUCGUCGAGCAGCCGUCCGCUUUGUCCGCUGACUCGACCGCUGCUGUCAUCUUGAUACCCACUCCGGCCGAUGACUUGACAGAUCCCUUGCGCUGGUCUGUCUGGCGCAAGAGGUAUCAUCUGUUCCUCUUGAUCGCCUAUGGCACACUCAUGACUGCCCUGGGCAACUGGGAAGCCUCCAUCUAUGUCAAUAUCCAGGAGGCACUUGGCACGACCAUCACUCUUCUUAAUGUCGGCAUGGCUUUGACUCUGUUGAUGCUUGGUGUUGGCAAUGUCUUUUUCACUCCUCUCUCCCACAAACUUGGCCGCAGAUUCACGUACCUAUCUAGCCUGAUUAUCGUUAUCGCAAGCAAGAUAUGGCUCGCAAAAGCCAAGAACUCUGGCGAUUUCAUCGGUGCUCACGUCCUCUUCGGCCUGGGUCGCGCCCCGUACGAAGCAUUGAUUCCAAUUUCGAUCGCAGAUGUCCUCUUUACCCAUGAGAGAGGCUUCGGACUCGGCAUCUACUCAUUCGGCUUGAUGUUUGGAUCCUCUGUCGGCCCCAUCGCCUCUGGUUACAUGGUCAAGACACUGCACUGGCGCUGGGUGUACUGGUGGGGUGCCAUUCUCUGUGGCAUCGUCUGGGUUGUCAUGUUCUUGACGCUUGAGGAAAGCCGCUUCAUUAGAAAGCCAUCUCAAGUUGAGUCAACCACCUUCAAUUCCAAUGAACGAGGCACUCCCACUCAGGAGUCCAGUUCAGAAGACCACAAAACAGCCCAAGAAGAAGUCAAGGACGAAAAGAACGACCUGCAGCAUCAUGGCAGCAACACUUCUGUCCAUAGGGUGGGCGAAGUCUUGGAUGCAGACAACUUUAGGUUCCAGACCAGCCUGUGGACCGUCUUCCCAGGUAGUCUUGGCGUCUUGGCCAAGCAAUGUUAUCAGCCACUGCAACUGGCUUGGUUCCCAGUCAUCCUCUGGUGUGGGAUCAUGUACGGCGCCUCUGUUUCGUGGAUCAGUGUUCUGGGCACAACCACUGCCACCAUUCUAGGCUCGGCACCUUACAAUUUUGGCAACGAUGCUCUUGGCCUCAUUUGGCUAUCGCCACUUGUUGGUGCAAUCUUUGGUUCUUACUUUGCUGGUUCCUUCAACGACCAACUCACUAUGUUUCUAUCUCGCCGCAACCGCGGCUGGCGUGAGCCCGAGUUCCGUCUCUGGGCUUUCCUACCAACGGCCUUCAUCAUGCCUGGAGGUCUGAUCCUCUACGGCGUGGGUGCAGCUAAAGGUCUACCCUGGAUUGCACCCAUCAUUGGUAUGGGGCUAGUGGGAUUCGGCCUGUCAGUUGCUGCUGCACUCACGGUGGCCUAUACUGUUGAUUGCUACCAAGCCAUCGACGGUGAGGCUGUCACCACGGUUAUUCUGAUCCGAAACAUCAUUGGUAGUGCCCUUACCUUUGGUAUCCAGCCCUGGAUCGAUAGCAUGGGAGUAACGGAUACGUUUAUCAUGGUUGGGUGCUUGUCUUUUGUGAUUACUAUGGCCGCUGGGUUGUUGAUUGUGUGGGGAAAGAAGAUGCGUUUCCUGACCAAGGCAGCGUACAUGAACUUUGCCUGCUUGUCGGGAUAG